CUUCGUUCGAGUCUCUUUCCGUCGUGGCAUCUCGAGGUGAGUGGUUGUGCGUGCAAUUCGCGCUCAAAUAUAAUCCAAAGAUUGACCGCACAAGGAGGUAGCAUCCGUCGCCAGUUGUUGACCAGACUGAUAUCACCAGGCUUUAACCAUGGGAAAGGAAAAGAUUCAUAUUAACAUUGUCGUCAUUGGGCACGUCGAUUCCGGCAAGUCCACGACGACCGGACAUUUGAUCUACAAAUGCGGUGGUAUCGACAAACGUACCAUUGAGAAGUUCGAGAAAGAAGCCCAGGAGAUGGGAAAAGGUUCGUUCAAGUACGCGUGGGUUUUGGACAAAUUGAAGGCCGAGCGCGAGCGUGGUAUCACGAUUGACAUUGCUUUAUGGAAAUUCGAAACGGCCAAGUACUACGUGACAAUAAUCGACGCCCCCGGACACAGAGAUUUCAUCAAGAACAUGAUCACGGGAACAUCGCAGGCUGAUUGUGCGGUGUUGAUUGUGGCCGCGGGUACCGGCGAAUUCGAGGCUGGUAUCUCGAAGAACGGACAGACUCGCGAGCACGCGCUGCUCGCCUUCACUCUGGGCGUGAAACAGCUCAUUGUCGGCGUGAACAAGAUGGACUCGACCGAGCCACCCUACUCGGAGCCGCGUUUCGAGGAAAUCAAGAAGGAGGUCUCCUCCUACAUCAAGAAGAUCGGAUAUAAUCCGGCGGCGGUCGCCUUUGUGCCAAUCUCGGGAUGGCACGGCGACAACAUGCUCGAGCCCUCGACGAAAAUGUCCUGGUUCAAGGGAUGGGCGGUUGAGCGCAAGGAGGGCAAGGCCGAUGGCAAGUGUCUGAUUGAGGCGCUUGACGCCAUUUUGCCGCCCAGCAGACCCACCGACAAGGCCCUUCGUCUUCCCCUUCAGGAUGUGUACAAGAUUGGUGGUAUCGGAACGGUGCCCGUGGGUCGUGUCGAGACUGGUGUGCUGAAGCCCGGUAUGCUGGUGACUUUUGCCCCAGCCGGUCUGACGACUGAAGUCAAGUCCGUCGAGAUGCACCACGAGGCUCUCGUCGAAGCGGUUCCCGGUGACAACGUUGGUUUUAACGUUAAGAACGUCUCCGUCAAGGAAUUGCGUCGUGGCUAUGUCGCCGGUGACUCGAAGAGCAACCCGCCCAAGGGCGCUGCCGACUUUACCGCACAAGUUAUCGUGCUGAAUCAUCCUGGACAAAUCAGCAACGGCUACACGCCCGUUCUCGAUUGUCACACGGCCCACAUUGCCUGCAAGUUUGCCGAAAUCAAGGAAAAGUGCGACCGUCGUACCGGAAAAACGACCGAGGAAAAUCCGAAGGCCAUAAAGUCGGGUGACGCCGCAAUUGUCAAUUUGGUCCCCAGCAAGCCAAUGUGCGUCGAGGCCUUCCAGGAGUUCCCUCCUCUGGGACGUUUUGCUGUCCGGGACAUGCGUCAAACAGUCGCUGUCGGCGUCAUCAAGGCGGUCAACUUCAAGGACGCCUCCGGAAAAGUAACCAAGGCUGCCGAGAAGGCCCAGAAGAAAAAAUAACUAGUUUCCGCGCCAACAAAUCCAACAGAGACGACGACGACGACAAUAUGCCGGAUCAUAAA